ACUGACUGACACACAACCUUGCGCCAAACGCGCCGAGUGCGUCGUCAGCUCCGCUGAAGCGUCGCAGCAAGAACAAUGGGAGCUAUCAUGGCAUAGCCUUCCUUCCAGCGCUGCUGCCAAUGAUCAGGCUUCGCCCUUCGGGGCGUUCCCUCCCAUUCCUCCUCUUUCAGUCACACCUUUCGAUCUGCAGAAUCGCCUCCUCGUCUCCCCUCGCCGAUUUAUCGCUAAUUUCUACCGCUAACGCUCGCGAUCGCCGUCUAUCCGUCGCACCAGCAUCGCCCGUACCGCGAAUAACACAAACGACCACAUUUUGCGCUAUUCCCCGCCAAGGGACACUAGAUCACCUAAAAUCAUUCACGAGGGUCACCAGGUCACUAGUGUCUCUUAAUCCACCAUUUGGAGAAGCUGUCCACUCAAUGGUGCCUGAAAUUCAAUCAACUGACAGGCGAAUGGAGGUCGAGUCGCGAGCCAAUGAGGUUGAUCCGCGUGGCUAUGAGGCAGCACUAGCGGCGCUGUCAGGUUUAAUUAAUCAGCGGAAGCGCGCCGAUGGCUCAAACUGGGGGGAUGCCUUCGCUCUCAUGCGCUCCUACGUCAAGGUGCUUGAUCUGGAGGGACCGCUCGACCAGCUCAGCAUCAUCCACGUGGCAGGAACCAAAGGCAAGGGCUCCACGUGCGCCAUGGCAGAGAGCAUGCUGAGGGCCAGUGGCCACGCCACGGGGCUCUUCACCUCGCCGCACCUGGUGGACGUCAGGGAGAGGUUCCGCCUCAACGGGGAGAUGGUGCCAGUCGAUACAUUUCUGCAGCACUUCUGGUGGUGCUACGACAGGUGCAAGGCGGCAGCGUCCUCCUCCUCGUCCCCCACUCCCAUGCCGGCGUAUUUCCGCUUCCUCACUCUGCUCGCCCUGCGCAUAUUCACUCAAAGCCAGGUUGACGUGGCGAUUCUGGAGGUGGGCAUUGGCGGAAGAUUCGACGCCACGAACAUUGUCAAGCGCCCAGCAGUGUGUGGCGUUUCGUCGCUGGGCUUCGACCACAUGGAGCUGCUGGGAAACACCCUGGCUCUCAUAGCUGGCGAGAAGGCCGGGAUAUUUAAGCCAGGAGUGCCAGCAGUGGCAGCGCCGCAGGAGCAGGAGGCAAUGGAGGUGCUCAGGCAGCGGGCAGAGGAGCUCCAGAUUCCUCUUGAGGUGGCGAAACCGUUGCACGAGAUUGCUCCAGGUGUGCACGUGGGACUGGCCGGCAAGCACCAGCAGAUCAACGCCUCCCUGGCGGUGGCUCUGUGCCGCCAGUGGGCCAUCCGAAGUGGGAGAAUGGAGGAAGCACGGGCACUCGAUGAGGCGCUGGCCAAUAAAACGCUGCCACCUGCCUACAUAGCAGGCUUGGGGAGUGCCUCAUGGCCGGGCAGGUGCGAAAUUCUGCAGGAUUGCCCAGCCGAGCCUGGGCAGGCUGGAACUGCAGGCGGGCAGCUGACUUUCUUUUUGGAUGGUGCCCAUACUGUAGAGAGUAUGGAGGUGUGCGGGGAGUGGUUCUGUGAUGCUUCGAGGGGUGCAGGGGGAGAAAGAGGACAAAGAGGAGACGGAGGAGAAAGAGGAGAAAAGGUGGAGUUAGCUGCAGAAACAGCGGCACAGGCAACAGCAGCAUCAGCAGGGGUGGAAGGGUUAAACCAAGUGGAGGCCAAGAAGCCUGUGCGGGUGCUGCUGUUCAACUGCAUGCCUGAAAGGGACCCGCACACUCUCAUGGCCCAGCUGCUCAAGACGCUCGAGCGCAGAGGCCUGUCCCUCCACCGAGCCCUCUUUGUCCCUUCCCUCUCCUCCUACACUGCUCUCCUCCCCUCUCCCUCCUCCUCCUCUCCCUCUCCUCUUCCCUCAUCUGAUUCUGCGGGCGCCACUGUUGCCAUGACGAGCCAGAGCAGCAGCCUCGGCCGAAGCAGCUUGGACUGGCAGCUAUCCAUGCAGCGGACGUGGGAACAGCUGCAACAGCCACUGUGUGCUGCUGGUGCUGCAGAUGCUGCUGGUUCUGGUGCUGCUGGUUCUGGUGCUCAUGCCGCUGAUUCAAUCCCUGCUUCUUUCCUUGUGCCUCGCGGUCUGACUCAAUGUCUAGCAUCACUAGCACAACCUGCAGCACGAGGAGCGGAAUCGCGAGACAUGGUGGAGUUAUCCUGGCCGUUGAUUUCACCCGGCGUGGCAUCUCUGGGCCCUAGCAGUGCUGUGCUGCCAUCACUGCCAGCAGCCGUCGAUCUGCUGGGAUGGACGGCUAAGAUGCAUCCAAAUGUGGAUUUGCAGGUGUUAGUCACAGGUUCGCUGCACCUUGUGGGGGAUGUUCUUCGUGUGGUUCGAAGGGACCAACAAUAGUUUGUAUUGCACCACACAACGUUGAGAAGCAUAAAUACACUUCGCAUUAUUAUCUGAAACUUUUCCCGGGCC